AUGUCGUCCGCCGACUUUGCAGUGCCCGAUUUUGGGCGAGCCGUCAUCGAAGGCGACCGUACGGACGGAUAUUGGGUUGAGACUUUCAAGUUUCAAAAAGACGAAGUGCCUGGUCUUGUUGCAUCAGGUCUGGCGUCCGGCGAGAUCGAGUUCCUCGACAACCCCAUUGCCGCCGCCCGGCAUGCAGCAAAGGCCAAGGGCGAAAGCUUCGACCCCUCAACGGUUGACAUCACCGGGGAGUGGAAGAAGUACCAGGUGGCCAAGUUCUCGAGCCCCGUCGCCGUCGUGGCGGUCGACAUCAACAGGAACGGCCUGACGGACAUUGUCGUCUGCCACGACUACGGUCCGUUUAUGCUCGAGUGCGACGUCAACGGCGGCUGGAUCUCGUGGCUCGAGAACCCCGGCCGCGACAAGCUCGGAGAGCCGUGGAAGAUCCGGAUGAUCGGCCGCUGGCCCGCCAUGCACCGCAUGAAGGCGGGCUACUUCACGCAAAAGUCUGUCAUGGAGAUUGUCGCCGCUUCCGUUGUUUACGGACGACAUGAUAAGGUCACUCCUAUUCCCAUUAUCCGUUUCCAGGCUCCGGAAGAUGUUCUCAAUGCGACGGAGUGGCAACGCUCGAUCAUUGACGACGAGAACUUCACCGUCAUCCACGAGUUGACAGUCAAGAAGUUCAACGGCCCGACAGGGCUCGACUCCAUCGUGGUCUCAUCCCGCGAGGGCGCCAACUGGCUCUACUACGAGGGCGGCGAGUGGAAGCGCCAACUGCUGUCCAUCGGCGAGCCCAAGGAGGACCGGCAGCUGCCCAACUCGCAGGCGCCGGGCUCGGGCGACCACUGGGGCACCGGGUGCGCCGAUGCCGGCCGGAUCGGCGACGACCCGUUCGCCUACAUCGCCACGCUCGAUCCCUUCCACGGCACGACGGCCUGCGUGCUGUCCAAGGUCGGCCGGGGCAUGAAGGACUCCAAGUGGCAGCGCCACAUCCUAGACGUCUACGGCACGCCCAAUCAGCUGAUGAAGUACGGGGACGGGCCGGGGCACUACAUUAUCUGUGCUGAUUUCGACGGUGAUGGCGACGACGAGUUCCUCCUUGCUCUCUUUGGCUCGCUUGACCGCGACAAGAACCUGAAGUCUGUCAUUCCUGUCAAGGGGCCCAAUCCUAAUAAAGGCAUCAUGUACUACAAGGCCAUCGACGUCGAGAAGGGCCUGUUUGCCAAGUGGAAGAUUGCCGAAGAGUCAUCUGCCCGCAUCGCCAUUGGCAACUUCAGCGGCACCGACAGGCUCGACCUCAUCUCGGUCGAGUACAACGUCCCCCGCUACUACGAGGAGCCUAAGCCCGUCAUCACGCUCCACGUGAACAAGUUCGCCAAGCCCAAGCCCGCCGUCACGGAACGCCACAUCGUGCCGACCGUCUGGGACAACGAGGGCCUCGUGUACCUCGCCCGCCCCAGCGAGGUCAAGUCCCCGCAGUCGUUCCCGCUCAUCGAGGUCGCCAACUACGCCAUCAGCGUCGAGAUCCACCCGCCCGGCGCCAGGAUCCCGCUCGGCCAGAACGACGGCGUCAAGGUGCUAUACGGCUCCGUCGCCGACAUCGAGGGCACGCGCUCCGCCCUGGGGCUGCCGUCCUUCCCGCGCAUCGCGUCCGUCCAGAGCGAGGACAGGGAGCUCAGCGCCGACAAGGAGAAGGGCGUCGUCCUGCUGCGGCUCGUCUCCGUCCGUGAGCAGCCCGAGGCGUGGGCCAAGGCUGAGGACGUGCCGGUCAAGACGACCUUCAACACGAGCGAGCUCGGGCUCGAGUUCCCGGAGCUCAAGUUCACCAAGGUCGAGGAGCUCUGGUGGGGGGCCGACUUCAAGGGGGUCGACUUCACCAACAUGUCUGGCUUCUACUUCCGCUUCCAGGACGACAAGUCGCAGAUUGCCCACUUGCAAUUCUGGACCGCCGGCCCCAACGUCGACUGCGGCGUGCACAACCAUGGCAACGACAUCUUCCAGGAGAUCCACAUCUGCCUCUCGCCCGGCACCGAGGACGGCGGCAUGUGGCGGCUCAGGGAGGGCAAGGACCCCAAGGCGGCCGGGCCCGACGACUUCGACAAGGUGGCGCUGCCGCGGCUCAACGAGCACGGCGGGCUGUGGUACCGGGACUCGUACGGCGACGCCGUCCGCGGGCACAACAACGUCGUGUCGUACCCGUGGCACAAGUGGCAGGGCGGCAGCAAGGGGAAGAACGUAGACGUCUGGCUGGCGCUCGAGUUCAACCCGAGCCUUGUGCUGUAG